AUGAGAAAGCCCGAUCUAACACGAUUGUGCAGUUCCUUCUUCACAACUCCAACAACGGGAAGCCAAAACGAGGAAAGAUCCAAGAAGCUAUCAUCAAGUUUGGGUGCUCUCGACGGACCGGGAGUCGGCUAUGGGCUACAGCAAGGAAACAACAUGACAAUGCUGUUACGUUUGAGAUUCUCUCUCGAAGUCAUCGAAUAUGAUAGAAUCCUCAAGAUUCUUCAAUUCAAAAGCAUGUACAACACAGUGCAUAUCGAUGAGAAGUGGUUUUACAUAACCAAAACUUCUCAAAGACCCAUGUUUGCACCAGAUGGGAGUGUGUUGUUUGAUGGUAAAAUUGGGAUUUUUCCAUUCACAGAGAUGGUUCCAGCACAAAUGAAGAACAAGAACAGGGAGGUAGGCACUUUAGAGCAAAAACCGAUUCAGUCCAUAACAAAGGAAGUAAUCAAAGACUUCAUACUCAAGAAGAUCAUACCAGCCAUCAAGCAAAAAUGGCUAGCAUUUGCUAGUAAAGUCAUCUUUAUUCAACAAGACAAUGCACGACCACACAUCAAAGAUAGUUAUCCUCAAUUUAGAGAGGCUGCCAGUGCAGAUGGGUUUGAUAUAAGGAUAGUAAAUCAACCUCCAAAUUCUCCAGACACAAACAUCAACGACUUAAGAUGGUUUACAACCAUUAAAAUCUUACAAAACGAAAUAGUUUGCAACAAUGUGGAUUCAUUAGUGAAGGCAGUUGAGAAAUCAUUUGAGGAGUUAUCUCCAACAACACUUAAUAACGUCUUCUUAAGUUUACAAGGAUGCAUUGUGGAGAUAUGA